AUGGAGGCAGAAGAACAGCAACCUUGGAAAACAGACUUUUACUUGGAAUUACCAAAAGUGGAACUUCAUGCCCACUUGAAUGGGUCUAUUAGUUCUAAUACCAUGAAGAAAUUAAUAGCCAAGAAGCCGCAUCUUAAAAUCCAAGAUCACAUGACUAUGAUUGACAAGGGAAAGAAAAGAACUUUAGAAGAAUGUUUCCAGAUGUUUCACAUUAUUCAUCAGCUUACUACUAGCCCUGAAGAUAUUCUAAUGGUCACAAAAGAUGUCAUUAAAGAAUUUGCAGAUGAUGGUGUCAAGUACCUGGAACUGAGGAGCACCCCCAGAGGAGAAAACGCUACUGGUUCCUGUAAGACCUUCCAAACGCAUUUUACAUAUGUCAGUCACAUUGCCUGUGUUUUAAAGAAGGUCAUCACAAUCGUGUCUUCCAAACUUGGAUUUAAAAUAUCCAUCCAGCGUACGGCGUCGUGCGAACUAAUUGAGAGAAGGCCAAAGAAAGCCAGCUGCCGCACUGUGCAGACGUUUAAGAGGCGUCCUCACGCGUACUCGCUUUGCUUCUCAGCCCUGCGAAGCCCGCACGGCCCUAUCGUUAACUCGGUUUUACGGGUUGGGAGCCGGAGACUGACCCGGGCGGAACCUCGGCUCUCGCCCCCGCCUCCCAGCGGCAAAACACGUGGAAAUCGAGCCGGGAGCACCGGCGGCCCGAGGGCGAAGGGGCAGGCUCGGCCAGCGGCAGGGCGCGGCCCGCUACGCCCGGCGUGCCACGACCACAGAGUCCGGAAGUGCGGGCAGAGCGGCCGCGGGGCGCGGAGCCCGGCGGCGGGUGGGAUGGCAGUCGUGCUGGCGGUGAGGGUGGUCGCGGGCCUGGCUGCCGCGGCGCUGGUAACCCUGCUGCUGGAGCACUACGGCCUGGCCGGCUCGCCCCCGCCGCUGCCCCGGCUCCGCCCUCCUCCGCGGCCCCAGCCUGCGCCGGGCGGCGGACACCGCAACAUCUUCUGGGGCCUGCAGAUAUCCGACAUUCACCUGAGCAGGUUCCGCGAUCCAGGCAGAGCGGUAGACUUAGAGAAGUUCUGUUCUGAAACUAUUGACAUCAUUCAACCAGCUCUCGUCCUAGCUACAGGAGACCUGACAGAUGCCAAAACAAAGGAACAGCUGGGAUCCAGGCAGCAGGAAGUAGAAUGGCAAACUUACCAUGGUAUUCUGAAGAAGACAAAAGUCUUGGAGAAAACCAAGUGGCUGGAUAUCAAAGGAAACCAUGAUGUAUACAACAUUCCAAGUCUGGACAGCGUCAAGAAUUAUUACAGGAAAUACUCUGCUGUGCGUUGGGAUGGUUCUUUCCAUUAUGUCCACACAACUCCCUAUGGCAACUAUUCUUUCAUCUCUGUAGAUGCCACCAAAAAUCCAGGGCCUAAGAGACCCUAUAAUUUCUUUGGAAUUUUAGAUGAGAAACAGAUGAAGGAGCUCUUAUUAUUGGCCACGGAAAGCAGUUGGAGCAACCAUACAAUUUGGUUUGGACACUAUACAACAUCUACUAUCCUUUCUCCAUCACCAGGAAUCCGGACAAUAAUGAGUUCAGCUACAGCUUACUUGUGUGGGCACCUCCAUACACUUGGUGGAUUGAUGCCUGUUUUGCAUACUCGUCAUUUCCAAGGCACUUUGGAACUUGAGGUGGGAGACUGGAAAGAUAAUAGAAGGUAAGAGAACUACCCCACAAAGUAAGACUUACACAUGUAAGUUUUGCUAAAACAAGGAUACUUGUCUUAUUAACAUAA